AUGGCAGGCAGCGGCUUAGAUCACUGCUGGCUGGCCUGGCCUGGCAGGCUCGAUGGCUCUGUCAAUAUCGCACUGAAUAAGCCGAUUUACGCAUCGUCAGUCUUCUCAGCGCCUUAUGCGCCAUCGAUGUGGUUUACCAGCCCCUUAUGUGCCAUUGCUGUGGACGGAGACAAGACCACCAUUAAAAACCAGCAGGACGGUACCUACGCCACCUUCCAAUCAGCAGAAGGCGACACCACGCCCUGGAUUGCUGUCGACCUGGGUGCUCCCUUUCUUGUCAGCCGUGUCAUUAUCUACAACCGGCUCGACUGCUGCGGCUCACAACUGUGGAAUGCGGAAGUCCGUAUUGGCAACAUGAAUGGUGGAACUUUCGGCAUCCCGUUGUCUUCUAAUGCAUUGGUCUGGACGCUCUCAGGAGGAAGUUCAACAGGCGCUGUCCAUCAGAUCACAAUCUCACCACGAGUCACCGGCCGCUGGGUUACAUUGCAGAAUUUUCACCCCCGAGGUUGGUGCAUGCAGCUAUAA